AUGGCUUCGUCAACAAAAGCGGCCCGCCUGGGCGAGGAAGUAUGGAAGACGCGAGUAGACAAGGUCAGUGCCGAGCUGGUCACGCUCACAUACGGCACGAUCGUCGCGCAACUAUGCAAAGACUACGAGUACAACUAUGCGGAUGUCAACAAGCAGCUGGAGAGAAUGGGUUAUAAUAUCGGCGUGCGGUUAAUAGAGGACUUCCUGGCCAAGUCGAGCGCGCCCACCUGCACCAACUUUCGAGAAGUCGCAGACAUGAUAUCAAAGGUCGGCUUCAAGAUCUUCCUCAACGUUACACCGACGGUCACGAACUGGUCCAGCGACAACAAGCAAUUCUCACUCAUCUUCGAGGAGAAUCCUCUCGCAGACUUUGUAGAGCUCCCGGAUGACGGCCGGGCACAGGAUGAGUUAUGGUUUUCAAACAUAUUAGUGGGCGUACUGCGUGGUGCGUUGGAAAUGGUACACAUGCAGGUCGAAGCACACUUCAUCAGCGAUGUUCUUCGAGGCAACGAUACUACAGAGAUGCGGAUAACGUUGGUCCGGUUCAUCGAUGACGAGAUGCCACCGGAUGAUGAGUAG